AUGCCCAUACGCUGUAGAUGCUACAUCGAGAUGCGAUCGACCCAGAUAUUGAGAGCGGCAAAGUCCGCAAAUACCGUCCCCAUUAAUCAGAAAUACACCCUUCAAUCUACCGGUAUUUGGGAGCGCAUCCGUCGGAUAUUGGUCGUCGACCCAAGCCGAUCAAAUGGUGUCCCAUUAAACCCGCAAUUCCGAAAUCCCACACCAGGGGCUCUCGCACCACAAUCCUACGAUGACCCUGUCACGAUGCCUGCUGGCGAUAUUGCUGACAACCCUUACUGGAAACGGGAUGUGCGACGAAAUUACGCUCGCCCAAGCGUAAUGAAACAGGCAGAUAUCGUGGGACUUCUUACGGUUGGAAGUGAGGCGGCUCCUAAAGCCGACGUGCUUAAGGUUGGAGACGCGGGCACCCAGCAACUCGUGGAAGUAAAGCAAAGGGGAGAGGAACAUGGGUUGGCUGCGUUCUUCGAGAAGGAAAAGAAAGUGGACGAUGUGCUUGACUCACAGGGGCUCCCGCCUAUGGCCCCGAACUUAAACCCGAAAUCGAGGUAUGAGCUCGGUUCUGAACAUGGCUAUCCGUCGAGCUACCCAUGCCGUACUUUCGUGUAA